AUGGGAAAAAAAUUGAGCAAAACACAACAAAGACGUAACUCAUCCGCAGCUACAAACCACAUCAUGGCCUCUACUGCUUUCAACAUUUCUUCCAAGGGGUUACCCAUGCUUUCGGAAAUGGACGAUUUUGAAAUUUAUUUUCAAGGAUACUCGGCCAAAGGAGCCCUAUUAACUGGAUCUUUUGAUCAGUUCAAUACAGCCACGGAAUUAAAUGGUAGUGAUCAUUGGAACGGUCAAGAUAGAACUGGACGCUUUUUGCGAUAUUCAAAAUUUGAAAAACCAAAUACAAGAGUGUUACCACUUCCACCAAAUGAAACUUUAAAAUUCAUUGAUAUCGGACUUCAAUUUACGACACUUCUCACAUACUCUAACAAGGUUUAUUUAUUUGGCGAUUUUCCAUAUGGAAAUUUGUCAGAAGUGAUGAAAAAUUGUCCAAAUGGCAAGUUGUUGCAAGUUAAACUGAGCCAUCAAGAUACGGUCAUGGCUGACAGCUUUCCAACAGAGCUUGUUGAAAUGUUAUGCGGAGAGCAAUUUGUUACAGUGAGAGACUGUAGAGAUCGAAUAUACUAUUGUGGAAUCGCAAGUUUUGGAACUGGCGGCUCUGAAUCCUUUUAUUCCUUUGCGGACCUGCAACUACAAGAGACCAUUGAGAACCAGCCUGAAAAUAUCGACCUUUUAAAUGGUAAAAUUACUCACUUUCGCGUUGGAGGAAGACAUAUUUGUAUCUGCAUUGACAAUCAUGCAAUCCUAUCGAUUGGAGCUAAUUAUUAUGGCCAACUUUGCAACAACCAACAUGAUAGCUAUUCAUCAGUCGGUGAUGCUUUGCAAAACAUUCAACAAUACAAAUUUACAAGAGCUCUGUGGAAUAGAACGAAACAAUAUAGAGUAAUGGACAUUGGUUGUUCUGGAAAUAUGACAUGCAUAGUGACUACAUGUGGUAAAAUUUUUAAAACGGGAAAUGUUCCCAAUUUUUUGGGAGAAAAUGGUACCCUCUAUGAAAUUAAGCUUGAUGGCAUUCCAUUGGCAGUGUCUGGAACUUGGACUCACAUACUCAUUCAUACUGACCAAAACAAAGUUGCAACAAUAUCAGACACACACCAAAUUGACAAUAUUACACCAAUUUCGUUCACGUAUAAUUGUCUACCAGCAGAGCUAAGGUUUUCAAGAGGAACAAAUUCAAAUGGUGACUAUUAUUUACUUACUUCUGACACUAUUUACAACAGAUCUGGUGGUCAAGUGUUAAAAACAAGUUUACCGAUUUACUUUUGUAAAGUAACAAGUGAAAUAACAAUGAUUUUGUGUGGAAGCGGAAGAUCUGGAAAAAAAGUAAGAGAAUUUUGGAAAAAUUUACAUAAUUGCAAAGGUUUGCAUGACAUCUCUAUACAUGCACAGUCAACAGAAUGGUUGUAA